CCUACACAGAGCCCCGUGGCGGCUUGUGCUCGGCCGCCGGUUCCGGAGGAGGGCCGGACCCGGCUGGUUGGGUGGGAAGUGCGGCUGGUAACCUGGCAGCCGCCGAGAGAGAGAAGAUUAUAAAUGCCAGAGCCAUUUAAAUGAUGGUUAGCUGUUGAAUUCUGACACUUCCUUAAAUACCUUCUUGCACCAACAUCUUCAGUGGGAAGAGUUCAGGAAAAGUAGCAGAGGGAAGGAGAGACAACAAUUACAUGUACCAUGGCUAUACCAAUAACAGUACUUGACUGUGAUCUCUUGCUAUAUGGCCGAGGUCACCGGACAUUGGACCGCUUUAAGCUGGAUGAUGUGACAGAUGAAUACUUGAUGUCCAUGUAUGGGUUUCCUCGACAGUUCAUUUAUUACUUGGUGGAGCUCUUGGGGGCGAGUCUUUCUAGACCUACUCAGAGAUCCAGGGCUAUUAGCCCAGAGACACAGAUCCUUGCAGCACUGGGCUUCUAUACCUCAGGUUCUUUCCAGACUCGGAUGGGAGAUGCUAUUGGAAUCAGUCAGGCAUCUAUGAGUCGAUGUGUUGCCAAUGUCACCGAAGCGCUUGUGGAGAGAGCUUCACAGUUCAUCCGCUUUCCUGCUGAUGAAGCCUCCGUGCAGGCUCUGAAGGAUGAAUUCUAUGGGUUGGCAGGGAUGCCAGGGGUCAUAGGGGUGGUUGACUGUAUCCAUGUGGCAAUCAAGGCACCAAAUGCUGAAGACCUUUCCUAUGUGAACCGCAAAGGUCUUCAUUCUUUAAACUGCCUCAUGGUGUGUGACAUCAGAGGGGCACUGAUGACUGUGGAGACAAACUGGCCGGGGAGCCUCCAGGACUGUGCUGUGCUACAGCAGUCUUCUCUCAGCAGUCAGUUUGAAGCUGGGAUGCACAAAGAGAGCUGGCUGCUUGGUGACAGUUCCUUCUUUCUCCGCACCUGGCUUAUGACCCCACUUCACAUUCCUGAAACUCCAGCCGAAUAUCGCUAUAAUAUGGCCCAUUCUGCAACUCACAGUGUGAUGGAGAAGACUUUCCGAACCCUCUGCUCCCGAUUCCGCUGCCUGGAUGGAUCCAAGGGGGCACUGCAGUACUCACCGGAGAAGUCCAGCCACAUCAUCUUGGCCUGCUGUGUCCUCCACAACAUCUCCCUGGAACAUGGGAUGGAUGUCUGGUCCUCUCCAGGGACAGGACCCGUGGAACAGCCUCCUGAGGAAGAGUCCGAGCACAUGGAGUCCUUGGACCUGGAGGCUGACCGUAUCCGUCAGGAGUUGAUGCUCACUCACUUCAGCUAAUGUGGAAGGUGGGGAGGAGGGAGGCUUUCCAGAAGGAGCUGUGACAAACUUUCCCUCUCACCACCCCCUACACAGUUCCAUCAUCUAGCGUGACUGAGCAUGUGGACACUUGUCACAAACUGACAUUUAAUCUGCGUGUUUUAGAAAGGUUGAGGCUAGGCCAGAAUAUCUCGAUUCAUUUGCAAGUUUAUUAACUAAACCAAAACCUCCGAGACAACAGUUCUCUGCUAUCCAUUGAACACCAGGUUAGCACCACUCACUCAUUUGAAAGUUCCCUGGUUGCAGACAUUUAUAUCGUGCUUACAAAAUCAAAGCAAAGGGAAAAAUAGCAUCUAGACAGCCAGAACACUUUGUUUCAGUUAUCUAGAGAUUUCAAAAGAAAACAAUAUUUGUCCUGAAAGAUUUGGAUGGUAUUUUAGCUUUUCUACUUUACUACCUAUAUAGGCAUAAUCUGAGGCAAGUGUGAAGAGUAAAUUUCAGUUGGGAAAUGGUCUUCUGACAUAAAUAAAUGGCUACUAAUGUGA